AUGGCAGAAUCGAACCUGAUUGCCGUCAGCGUCCUUACAUCGGUUUCGGUCGGCUUUGUUGCUGCUCGAAUGGGCACCCGGAUAUGGCUUCUUCGGAAAGUUGGUGUUGACGACUAUCUUAUCAUAUUGGCUUCGUUCUUUGCUCUUUGCUACAUGAGCCUUAGUAUUGCUGGUUAA